AAACUAAUAUUACAUAUCAAUAAUGGAUUUCCUUCUUCAAUAUCUUCUUCUUUCUCUUCCCCUUCUAUCACUCCUCUACCUUUUGCCCAAAAUCAUCAAAAACAAAUCAAAAUUUAGCCCACCAGGCCCUAUCCGACUACCCUUCAUCGGAAACUUGCACCAGAUCAAUCACUCAAACCUCCAUACUUCCCUAUGGCAACUCUCAAAAUCUUAUGGUCCAAUCUUAUUUCUCAAAUUAGGUUUCAUCCCAGCUAUCGUUGUUUCUUCCGCAAGUCUAGCGGAAGAAGUCUUGAAARGCCAAGAUCUUAUCUUUUGCAGUAGGCCAUCAUUACUUGGCCAACGUAGGUUAUCUUACAAUGGCCUCGACGUGGUUUUGUCGCCCUACAACAAGUCUUGGAAAGAAAUGAGAAAGAUUAUAACAACUCAUUUGCUGAGCACAAAAAGGGUACAGUCUUCUAGAUAUAUUCGUGAAGAUGAGGUCUCACGUUCCAUGAAAAAGAUACAUGAGCUAGCACUUUCAUCUAAGCAGGUAAACUUGAGCGAAAUCUCCAAGAAUGUAAUGCUGGCUAUCAUACUGCGAGUGGGUUUUGGCAAGAGGUAUGAAGAUGCACUUGAGUGGAAGAGGGUUUCUCGGCUUAUUGGCGAACUUCAAGCGACGAUAACAACCUUUUUCAUUUCGGAUCUUUGGCCUAGUUUGCCUUGUGUGGGUUUGAUUGAUAAGCUAAUGGGCAAGAGGGAACUGCUAGAAAAGUGCUUCCGUGAAUUAGAUUCGUUUUACCAAGAACUAAUUGAUGAACACCUCGAACCUCAAAACUCCAAGCCUCAUGACGAAGAGCAGGAUAUUAUUGAUAUUUUAAUUCAACUAAAGAAAGAUCAAGUCCUGAAUCCCUUUGAGCUCACUUCCGAUCACAUAAAAGCCAUGCUAGCGGAUGUAUUGGUAGCCGGAACAGAUGCAAGUGCUGCUACAGUGAUUUGGGCGAUGACAGCACUAAUGAAGAACCCCAAAGUGAUGAAGAAAGCACAAGAAGAAGURAGGAUUGUGGUUGGAAAGAAAGGUCAAAUAGACGAAGACGAUCUUCCAAAACUCACCUAUCUGAAGGCAGUGAUAAAAGAGAUCAUGAGGUUAUACCCUCCAGCUCCCCUUUUAGUACCUCGAGAAACAAGGAAAGAUGCCAUUUUACAUGGCUAUCAAAUCAAACAGAAAACCCUAGUUUAUGUGAAUGCAUUCGCCGUUGGAAGAGAUCCAGAAGCUUGGGAGAACCCGGAGGAGUUCUUACCAGAGAGAUUUUUGGGUAGUGAUGUUGACUUUAGAGGGAGUGAUUUCAAGUUGAUCCCAUUUGGGGCUGGUCGAAGAAUCUGCCCUGGAAUCUCAAUGGGAGCUAUCACGACGGAGCUUUUGCUUGCUAAUCUUGUUUACUUGUUUGAUUGGGGGUUGCCGAAUGGUAUGAAGAAGGAAGAUAUAGACUUUGAGUUUACGCCAGGGAUAACCAUUCACAAGAAGAAUGAACUUUGUCUUUCACCCCAAGUGUAUUCGUAAAAAGUUUAUGAUUCAAGGGUGAUUUUUACUUUGCUUAGAAUAAUCUAAACACCCCAGUUUGGCAACUUGUAAAUGUGGUUCAACUAGUUUCUUUUAAAUUGAAAUCCAUUUCAAAUCC